AUGAAUCCGAAACGUUUGUUCCAAACUGUUCCAUUGGUGAAAUUAGGUGAUGGAUUCAAAAAGGUGUCGAAUUUUUUAGCGCGAUUUCAAUCACCACCAUAUAUCCUUGAACUUGAUCAUUUAACAGUAACAGGCGAUGUUACAUUUGGAGCCAAUGUAGAACUUAAAGGAACUGUAAUUAUCGUUGCUAAUCAUGGUGCACGUAUUGAUAUUCCAUCUAAUGCCGUAUUAGAAAAUAAAGUAGUUUCAGGAAAUUUGAGAAUUUUAGACCAUUAA